AUGGCUGGCGUCCCAGUCGUUCCACCAAGCAGUCUCCGAAAUCGCAAACCACAAGGACGUGUCUCAUCCGCAGUCUUUUCUGGUGACCCUGAUGAAGAUGAAUAUAUAGUUGAGGGUUCGAAGACGCCCAUACGUCGCAAUCCUUUGGACAAGACACUCGAGAGUCCUAAAGCGAGCGCGAUAACUGUCGGGGUGCUUACCGCUCUCGCAUUUGCUCUGCGCUUCUACCGAAUCAACCACCCUGAUCAGGUAGUGUUCGACGAAGUGCACUUUGGCAAAUUUGCAUCAUACUACCUCCUCAGAGAAUACUACUUCGACGUACACCCUCCUUUCGCCAAGCUUCUCUUCGCACUCGCCGGGUGGUUUGUUGGUUUCGAUGGGCACUUCACAUUCGAGAACAUUGGCGACAGCUAUACUGAAAACCACGUGCCUUAUGUUGGAAUGCGCGCGCUCCCAGCUAUUCUGGGUAGCCUUACUGUCCCAGUUGUAUAUGCCAUCAUGAAGGAGAGCGGAUACUCCACUAUAAUUGCCGCGUUCUCAGCCAUCAUUAUCCUGUUUGACAACGCACACAUCGCACAAUCUCGACUGAUUCUAUUGGACGCAACGCUCAUCUUCUUCAUGUCAUUGACCAUCUACUCUUAUGUUCGCUUUCGGAAGCUCCGAUACCACUAUUUCACUCCCCAGUGGUGGGGCUGGCUGGUUGCGACAGGAGUUUUCAUGGCUUGUACAUGGGGCUCCAAAGUCAACGGCAUUCUCACGGUAACUGCAAUUGGUGCUGCAGUUCUUGUUGACCUAUGGGAUAUCCUCGAUGUCAAGAAGAACCCCAAAAUGGAUUACUUUUGGCAACACUUUGCUGCCCGCGCCGUUGGCUUGAUCGUCGUACCUCUCAUUGUUUAUCUCUCAUUCUUCUACGUGCACUUUGCUAUUCUCACGCAUUCGGGCACUGGCGACACAUUCAUGAGUCCUGCAUUCCAAGAAACUCUGAGUGGGAAUGAACUUCUUUUAAACAGCCAAGAAAUUCGUUACUUCGACACCAUCACUAUACGACACAAGGAAACGAAAGUUUUCUUACACUCGCACCUUGAACGCUACCCACUGAGAUAUGAUGAUGGUCGUAUCAGCAGCCAAGGCCAACAGGUAACAGGGUACGGACAUGCUGACGACAACAACCAAUGGGCGAUUAUCCCCACCAAGGCCCUUCCUGAUACUGGCCGCGGGAGGAUCGUGCGCCACGACGAUGUUAUUCAGCUCCUGCACAUUAGUACAGGAACUGUUUUACUCACUCACGAUGUUGCAUCUCCUUUGAUGCCUACAAACCAAGAAGUUACGACGUGGCCUAAGGACGACCAUUCUAGAUACAACGACACCCUUUUUCAUCUGGCCCUUACUGGUGGACAUGAGGGCGAGGCAUGGAAGAGCAAGAGUGGACACUUCAGGCUGAUCCAUCUGCCCACCAAGGUAUCGCUUUGGACACAUAGGGAACAGUUACCCGAGUGGGCAUUCAUGCAGCAGGAAGUGAACGGGGCCAAGAAUCCGCUGGAGAAGACGGCUAUUUGGUACGUUGACGAGAUUGUCGCCUCACAGGACCCAGAGGACCUUUUGCACCGAACGGGCGAAGUUCACAACAAAGAGCCUAAGAAGAUGAACUUCUUCAAGAAAUUCGUGGAGCUGCAGAUGUUGAUGCUGCAACAUAACGCUGGACUGACCGCUUCGCAUCCCUACGCCAGUAGCCCAAUCAACUGGCCGUUUUUGUUGAGCGGUAUCAGCUUCUGGACGGAAAGCACAGAGCAAAAGCAGAUAUAUCUCAUUGGGAACAUCGUUGGUUGGUGGACAUGUGCGAUUGCAUUGUCUAUAUACAUCGGCAUUCUUGGCGGAGAUCUACUCGCACGCAGAAGAGGAAUUGAAGUUAUGCCUACCCCUGUUCGCAACCGCCUCUGGUCUUCAGCUGGAUUCUUUAUGCUCAUCUGGUUCAUGCAUUACUUCCCAUUCUUCCUAAUGAACCGUCAACUUUUCAUUCACCACUAUCUUCCCUCACACCUUGCAUCUGCCCUCGUUGCAGGUGCAGUGCUCAACUUCCUUCUGUCGGAGACCAUCAAUUAUCCAGUUUCGAUCCGUGGGCCGUUCACCGAAAGGAAGGAGCGACAAUGGGCGGACCUCGGAAUCAAGACUCCGAUCGUCGUUGCAGGUUUCUCAGCAUUGAUGAUUGUCGCUCUAGUCUAUAUAGCCCCAUUGACCUAUGGUACACCAGGGUUGGACGGAGAGACAGUGAACGCAAAGCGUUUGCUCUCCUCUUGGACCUUGCAUUUUGCUGCGAAAGUGACAGCGGAAGCCUGACUUGAUCCUGGAGGUCGAGUCGAAGAUAUGCCUUUGGACUAGAUGUUGAUCUGCUUUCUCUCAAAAUGUAAUCUCAUAUCGAAUGCCUGUUGUCGUCUCGCGAAUGGUUAGCGCUUUAGCUCCUAAUACAUACCCAGUUCUGUGGCUUU